GAGGAGUCUUGUCUUAACUUCGCAUACAUUCACACUUACGCCCAGCUGCAGAUAGCGUAUUGGACGCUAAUCACGCUAGUUGCGGUCCUCACUACCGCCAUGGCCUCAAAGGAGCCAAUUGAUUUUGGUUCACUUGAUCAGAUCAUGCUCUGCUUUCCUUCCGGACGCCUAGCACACAGACUGGCUCUUCGAUUGAGUCAGCUGCCGGAUUGCCAGCGGCAGAAGGAAGUCCGUGAGGUCAUCUUUCCCCGACUGCUGGAGGGAGGUGGAAAGGACCAGACCCCUUGCCUUACGGAGAAUUCUUUCUGUCAGAUGACAGCAAAUUACGUGCGGAUUAUUGCGUUUGUGGAUAAGCUACUCGAGGGCCGGAGGUAA